AUGGAUGAUUCGUUCAAUGAUAAUAAUGGAAACAACAAUUCAUCGUUUCCAAAUACUAAUUUGUCACUAUCUGACUUAAAUUUAUUCCAUCAAAAUUCUAACACUGAUGAAGAUUAUGAUGAAGAGCUUCUAAGUAUAACCAAUAUCAAAAAUAAAAAAAAGGAUAUAAAUAGCAUACUUAAUAAUGAUGAGGACAGUGACCCCUUAUAUCCAAAUUUACCUGUUAAAUCAAACAAUUUGGAAAAAUUUAAUUUUAGCGAUUCUUUAGUCGCCAAUCCACAACCAUUACCACCACCGUCCUCAUUGUUACUUUUGGGCGAUAAAUCAGAACCCACACUACUACGACCAAAUUUAGUGUCUUUUGAUUCAGACACUUCGCUUCAACAACAACAAUUACAAUCGCCAAGCUCCUCAUCUUGUUCAAUAGACAGUAGUGCUGAUCUCAGUAUUACAACGCAUAAUCCUUUAAAUAAAGUAAUUUCUCCUUUAAACAAGAAAAAACCCCAUAUCGAAGAGUUAAUAGAUCAGGCACAUCAUCUUAACACAUAUUUAGAUGAAAACAUGAACAAGAUCAAUAAGUUCAGGGCUGAUUUAUUAAACCACGAAUAUAAUUUAUCAUUGGCACACAAUCUAAAGAAUACUCGCGACUGUACUAGUAGUGGCAAAAACAGGUUCUAUACAAGUGAAUGCUCUUCUACUUUUGAAUUAUCAGAAUCUGGAAUCGACAAUCCUCAAUACCAACAUGAUAAUAGCUCUAAACAUUUACAGAGCAAUUUACCUGACGAUAGAAUAGAUUUUUAUAAAAAUGAAAAUCCAAGUAAUAGGAGCAUGUGCAGUUCGAAUGCUGCUACCGAUAGCACGAACAAUAAUAUUGAUGAGAACGAAAAUGAGGAUUUUGAUUAUUUUAAAAAGUUUGGAAAUUUAACGACAACAUAUCCAUUAUCGGAGAAUCUGUCAAUUAUAGAUUUAACGGCAAAAAAUGAAAAUGACACAUUAAGAAACUCUCCAGUAUCGGCGUCAAAGCAAAUACUAAACGAGACUAUUUUGUUAGCGGAAAUAUCGUCCGAACAGGCUUUUAACAUUUUCCUUGAUAUUAUAGAAUGCUUAUUGAAAUUACCAUACAAUAACGAUGACAAUGUUGGGAAAAAACAUUUGACACUUUUUAACAACGUAUUUAAGAUGAAGAGUGCUGCUAGUUUAAGUUAUAGAGAUUUUAUACUGCAACGAAUUCAACCAAGAUGUCAAUUUUCAUCGACGAUAUAUUUAACUAGUGCAUAUUUAUUGUUGACUUUGCUAAUGAGCAAUAGCUUUAACGACAAUAACGAUGAUAAUAAUAAUAAUAAUAGGGAAUUGAAAUUUCCCUUUACAAACCAGCACGUCCAUAAAUUAAUUAUUCCAUCAUUAAGAAUCAGUUGUAAAUUGGUUGAGGAUCAUAUUCAUUCGCAACAAUAUUUUUCCAAAGUUGUUGGUGUCUCAUUAAAGACAUUAACUAAGUUAGAAAUGUCCUUUUUGGAAUGUUUGGACUUUAACGGGUUAUUGAUCAACGGUGCUAAGCUGAAAUCUGUUCUUAGAUUGCACAAGGCAUUGAAGGAAAAUCAACCUUUUUAA